CUCCACCGCCAAGUGUCCAUCAUCAUGAAGGACCCCAGCAGCGCUCCCGACGGCGAGGAGGGGGACGUCGACCCUGGUGCCACCUCAGGCGACCCCGAGGCCAACCAGCGCCUCAUCAAUCAACUCAGGUCACGCAUCGCUGACCUGGAAAUCCGCGGGGAACACCUCAUGGACGAGAAGGUGCAGCUGGAGAGAGCCUUCAAACUGCACAAGGAACAAGAGACCGAGAUCGCCGAGUCCUUAGUGCAAAGGAUCCGAGAACUGCAAGAUGCCGGGGCGGAAGUCAACAUCCAGACAGUGCAAUGCCAGACGGAUGAUGUCAGCUUGCCCUCGGAGGACAGCGUGGUCGUCCUCGAGGAACCUCCCGCCGAAGUGUUCCCCGAGGAGCAGGAACCCAAGGAGGAAGCCACGAAGAGGCCGGAGAAAGUGGAGAAGGCGGUGGAGGAGGAGAGGCGCGAAGGUCGUCCUCGAGAGCAUCGUAAGGUCAAGAAAACUCCGCCCAAGAAACUCCAAAAGUUGCAUAACCUGACGGGUGACCUUCUCUUCCAGGCCAAGUGUCUCGAGCAAGCACUGGUGACCAAGCACGGCUUGGAUCGCCGAGGUGACCCCCAGCAGCCCCGAGGUCACGGCCACCGGCAAAGGAGUCUGAGAGGCCGGAGUUCCCUGAGACUCGCAGGAGACGUCGGGGCGCCACAGAGGAGCCACAGAAACUCCUCCGCCCGGACGUGGUCUUCUAUCGAGGCAAUUACGUCCGUUGAAUCCCCGCAGGACUCAGGCAUAUGGGAAGCGGGGACCGGCGCAGGAUUGGAGUCCUUCGGAGCGCCGAGGUCCUCCAGGGGUCCCACGGCCUCCACCACGAGCAUCGACCCCCAGGACCUGUUGGCCAUGAACGCCGAGCUGAGCCGGAUGGCCAAGGAACUCAGGCUCGAGAUGAUGAAAAUGUGGAGUUAUCGGGAAUCAACUUCACCUGAGUCAGUGUCUUCUGAGACGAUAGGACCUGAGAGUCUAGACGAAGCCAAGCCCGUCGACGACCAGUUGGUGGCCGAAGCGAAGGAGGUGUUCCAGAGCAUCGCACUCCUGCCGAAGGACAGUACUCCCCCGUCGCCUCACUCGGGCAGGUCCCCUUCCAGCCGGUCCCAUAGGUCGCCCUCCACCACCUCCCUCUCCAAGCGGCGAGGGUCAGCUGGCCAGGAGGAGAGAUGUGGCCGAAGGAGUACCGAGAGAGAGCGGAGCAGGUCAGCCUCGGGCACGCCGGUCAGGAGAGAUUCUCAUCGGCAGCGAAAGCGUCGAGAAGAAGAGGACGAUGAAGAUGACGAGGACGACGAAGAAGAAGAGGAGGGGCAACGGAAGGAAAAAUCAGACCACAAGGACGCGGAUAUCAGUGUGUUCCUUCCCUCCGGCGCUACCUUCGGGGAACUUCUCCUGAGGAGCAAACAGCACCACGACGAAGACGAGUCGGCGUGGGAGGGACCUCGACGGCGCUCUUCCGACGGCCUCUCCACCGUCACGUCGGGGCCGUCGCGCUCGCGCUCGCCCUCGCCCAGCAUCGCCUCCAGCGCUCCGUCCGUUGAGGCGUCACCCAGAAUAGAUGAGGAGGAAGAGGAAAGCAUCUCCCUCGCGGGUACCUGGAGGACGACCACCACCUCGACCACGCGAUCGGGAGACUACGUCCUCUCCUCAAGCUUCGAGUGGGAGGAGGAGAACCCAGAGGAGAGAAGACGGCCCCGAGGAAGAUGGAAGGCAGUAGUCGAGGAGGAGGAGGAGGAAGAAGAGGAAGACGAGAAGGAAGACCGAGAGACUCCCAAGCCUCAGGUGUGGACAGAAGCUCCCGAGGACACGAGGAGGAGCUUCGAGACGGAGGUGACCGUCGCAGCACCGCGUCACGGCAGGAGGGACCUAAGGACGCGACGUAUUUCUGAUACUCAGGUGGAGUACGAGAGCUUCGGCCACAACAACCGGGACGAAUGUUUCGCCAACACUUUCAGCAGAACCGUGUACGACGACGAAGCCCUGGCGGCGGGGAGGCUUAGCCGGAACCCCUCCGUCCGCCGAGCCAACUCACGGGACGCCGACGAGUCGCACUGGCGGCGUCCUAGAACUCUUCCCUCGGUGGUGCUGGACGACCUCCCACAUUCCGACAGGUCUCCCGACGUUUUCGUGCCCACCAAGAGAACCAUCUUCACCAUGCAGGGCAGCACGCGCAACCCGGACCAGGCCAGAGCCACGCCCACUUUCGUCGACAGCCAGGAGGAGGAUGUGGCGGUCCCGUGGCGGAGGUCCAGGAGCCAGCCCGACACGCCGACGGAGAGCAACGGCCACAAGUCAAGGGAGGACUCGAAGGAGAGCAGCGCGACGCCUACUCAGGAGGACGUCGCGAAGCCUCAAGUCAAGGAGGAGAGAACUGAGACGAAGCCCGCGGAAAAAGCAAAGGACAAGCAGAGGACGAAAAAGAAUGCAAACACCGUUCCGGAUGUUACCGUCAAUGGCGAAAAGGAAGCGAACAACGAAGAGAAGAAAGUAGAAAAACCAACAGAUAGCACCGAAGCAAAGUUACGAGGGGGUGAGACAGUGUCAGAUGCAGCUGCCAGUGAAGAGGUGGACUCGGAGAUGGACACCAUCGCCGCGGAAUCGUUGGACGUUGUGCCGGCGCUGCGAGAGGGAAGGAGUCCGCGGUCCCCCCAUAGCCUCACUCCAUCGCCACGCCCGUCUGGUUCUCCCAUCGGCUCCCCGCACCUGCACGCCCCCACUCCAAUCAGCCCACCGAUAGAGUCCAAGAAGAAGGUUCUGGAGGCAGCAAACGAGGGCGUCCCGACAGUCCGGAGCAUAAUUCAGAAAUUCAAUAAACGUAUAACGGAAAAUCAAGAACUCCUUGGAAGCCCUUUCAGGUCUCCGCCGAUGAGUCCGCCGUGGCAGUCCCCGCGCUCGCAGAGAAAGAUCUUGGCAGGGCUGGCCACGUGCAGCAAGCAGGAAGAUGCUUAUUCGUCCACUGGGGAUAUCAUCGGCAGUCAGUCGGAACUGCCUCGCCCUAUGAUCUACAGCCCACCCACUGGAGUUCUCAAGUCUCUUAGCGCUUCGGUCAUCACGACCAACGCUGAAAUUUCUCCAAAAGUCACUCGUUCCGCCAGUGGUCCUUUCGUCCAGGGCAGCAGUCUGUUGAUUGGCGCCUCCCCGAAGCCCACGGCAACUUCUUCGCCGCAGCACACACCAAAUACAAGUGUAACCUCUGCUGCUGACGUUUGGGGCAUUUCGCCGUCUGGAAGUCCUGCCAUAAGUCCCGCUCCCACUGACCCCGAUACUUCAUAUGAUCUUGACGUAUCUGUUGAUGAUUCUUUCCACGACCGAGCGUCAGCAUCCCCGCAGCCGGACAACAAGAGUCCCUCCGCCAGGCUGCGUGCCAUGAGAAUCAAAAAGGCAAAGGAAGACUUCCUUGCCCGCGGCGCCGCACCGUUGAGUGCCGCCGAACAAAGACACAGCGGCAGCCAAGACGACCUCAAAAUGCGGCACCGAAGCGGCACUGCCAGUACCGACGACACCUGGCGCGAUUCCGACGAGCUUUUUGCAGGAGGAACGUCGCCCAUGCCUUCGCCUGCGCCGACAGAAGAGGCGUCUCAGGACGGUGGCGACGCGCCGGACCAGUUACCAAGGACAUCAUCCAAACGUCGCAACAUUCCAAAAAAGGAGUCAUUCCGGAGGCAGAGCGCUGGCUGCCUGCUGGAAGAAUCUGCUUCACAAAAACUGGCUUCACAGGUAGUCAAGUCGGCUUCGUCCGGAGUUCUCAGUAGUGGCAGGGGGAAUUCCAGGUAUUCCAUAGAUUCUCAGUCCCCGCUUGACAGGAAGGCCUCCGUCGACCCGUCCACGGGCUCUGGCAGGUCCUCUCGAGGGAUAUUCAGGUUGUUCAGACGUACAAAGAACCGCGACAAGAAAGACAUGCCAUCAGUGCAGAGAUUGUGCCGACAGAGCCUGCUCGUGGACUUCGCCAAUGGCAAAGGCCGCACCAAGAGCGCCUCCCCGCAGCCCUACUCGGACCUGCGCUCGCUCCCGGAAAUGGAGGGCGAGGAGGUCCAGGAGAUGGCUCGCUCCUCCAGAACGCUACCUCGAAGUAGCACGGGGGAGGUUGUGUCUCCAGCACCUUCUCGCUCGUGCCCGUCGUCGCCCGUGGCCCAGCACCGGUCACGGACAGCGAAUUGGAUAGCUCGAGGACGACAGAUCUUCAAGAGUCGGUCUCCCAGUCCGAGCAAAAAGCCGCGGUGACGUCAUACCUGAACUUACAGUGUACAGUCUCUGGUCGGUUCCUGGCAAAAGAUACGCAGGCCCUUUCCUGUGGGCGCGAGGGGCGGGCUGUUUGUUACUUUUUCGUGAGCGAACUCCCCCUCAGAUUGAGCCGUAAUGAAUCGACUGAUAUUUACUAUCAGUGAAGAUUUUUCAGCUGUAGUGCGUCAUUACAAUUACGCGAUCCUCAAUGAGCGACAGUAAAGGUUGUUUGAGGAUCAAUACAUGAAAAUGAGAAGAAUAUGUUUUCCUCGUGUUUAGGAAAGAAUGAUAAGUACACAUGGAAGAUAAUUUUCCUAGGUCAGUUACUUUGAUAGAACUCUCGAAGUAUGUGGAAUUUUGAUGAGCAAAUUGAGAGUCAUUUCAUAGAGUUCGAACUGCUCUAUCAUCUAUGAACAUUAUCCACAUGGCUUUGACUCUAGAAACUUUUUUUCAACCGAUCAAAAUCUUUCACACUUUCGAGACAACUUGUAUUUGCGACGAAAAGGACCAAAAGCAACCAUUUUUUUCUCUCUCUUCAUGUUGAUAGUGUCAUUUAUCUUCGUAUGCAAUAUCACAGCUCCAGAAUGUUUAGCUUUACGAAAGGUCCUGAAACCUGAUUUCGACUUUGUGAUUAUCUGUGACAAAAUAUUCUUUGUACUUACGGCUUUUGAACUUACAUGACCUCUAAGGCCUUAAAUAAGUUUAAGUAUAGUUAUUGUGCUUAUAUUUUGUCUCGAUGGCGUAUCUAAUCCUAAGCAGUGUGUUCGAGUCGUCUUUACUUAAGCUCAUGUAAGGCUUUGGAAGCGGUAUUGGAGUAUAUGAGUGUCUGUACUUGAACGUUUGUAAAUAAAAUUUCUAAACAAUUUCA